AUGUCUCAAAAUCGCAUAACGUUAGAGUCCGCAACGCUGAACCAUUCAUCAAACGAGCCGCAGCGGACGGGCACUAUCCAUAGUCUGAUUAACAUGUACGAGGCCCUCAAUACACAGAAAUGUCCAUUCAAAAAAAUUCUUGGGAUUUCAGAUCAUCCACCAAAAACACAACAUGCUGAAUCAGCUGACAAAGAGAUCAUCUCUUUGGAAGUUGCCAGCAAAGAAUGUUCCACUGAUACUCCAACAGUGGAAAGCAAGUUGCCUCGCCGAAUAAACACAAGCAAACCUUUGCCUAUUGUAUACACAUUUGAGUCAAUCGAUGAGCAAGACGUCACUGAGAGUCAGGAAUCAAACGAAAGAACAUUAAUACAUCCGAUAAAAACACAACAAGGUGAAUUAACUGGCACUAAGUUUAAUUCUUUGAGACCUGACAUCAAAGAACGCUCCAGUGUUUGUGCUCUUACAAGAAAACCUUUGCCUAUUGUAUACACAUUUGAGUCAAUGGAUGAGCAAAACGUCACUGAGAAACAGGAAUCAAACGAAAGAACAUUACUACAUCCGAUAAAAGCACAACAAGCUGAAUUAACUGGCACUAAGUUUAAUUCUUUGAGACCUGACUUCAAAGAACGUUCCAGUGUUUGCGCUCUUACAAGAAAACCUUUGCCUAUAGUAUAUACAUUUGAGUCAAUCGAUGAUGAAGACAAGCAUGAGGAACGAUAUGAAAAAUCAUCAGAAGACGAAAAGGAAAAUGAGAUGAAAGCUGUACUCAAGGAUUUCCAAAAGCUACUCGACCACUUGGUCCAAGUAAAGAACAAGUACACGAAUGUCGAGAGAUGUCUAGAGGAAUCAUCAAUGGACAUUGUGUCUGAUAACAUGCCUUACUCAACGCAGCUCAAGAAACUUGUCAACGAGAUGACAAGAACAGUUACUGAGAUAGAUGACGGAUUAGAGUACGAGAGAAGCAUGUCGCGAUCCCUAAUGGACGACGUUCAGCUUCAUCUUAGUAAGACCAAGGAGAACCUAGUUUCUCAUGAGAAAGAACUUCAACGACUCAAGAAGGAAGUCGAGAGAUUAAACAACGAGAACGUAGAUCUCAAAGAAUCUCUUAAAGAGAAAGAAAUCUACGAGAACAUUGAGUUUGAGUACAUGGAAGGCCUUGUCACAAACAGCAUUGUCAAAGAUAAAGUAGAAGAGCGCUGCAACCAGCUACAGGCCCUGAAUGACGCCCUUAACAAGGACCUCAUCAGGCUCAAAAAUGACAACGCCGAUCACAAAACAUCUUUUAAAAAGAAAGAAGUUACAUAUGGUGAGGGCGAUUUAAAGAAUCUUCGACACGAGGUCAGGAAAAGAGACAACUGCUUCAAUAAUAUUCUUAAUGAAAGCAAUGCAGACAGGAAGGACCUCAAUGAACAUUCACUUAUCACAACAACUAGAUGGCUUUUCAUGAAACUACUUGAAGAAUUUUGA